UAAAGAAACUCUCAAAAACGCUAUAAUUAACAAUAACAGGGUUAAUUUAGUUCUUAAUAAGAUGGAUAGACUAAUCCUCGAACUAAAAUUGCCAUUGUUGGACGCAUAUUAUAAACUUGAGCAUGUUUGUGAAGAAGUUAAUAGUUACAUGAUUGAAAAUGUGAAAUUGUUUGAAAAUUACAAACAUCCAAAACGAUUUUCACCAGAGUUGGGCAAUGUUUGUUUUGCAUCACCAAAUCUAGAUAUUUGUUUUAAUUUAAGAAGUUUUGCGAAAAUUUAUUUUGAUUUUUAUCAAAUCAAUAGUAAUAAUACAAAACAAAAAAGUAAUGAAAAUGAAAUUGAGAAAUUUUCAAAAAGAUUGUGGGGAAAUAUUUAUUAUAACAAAGACAAUGGAAGAUUUAGUCGAAAGCAGAAAGAUAUUGAAACUAAAAACACAUUUAUUUAUUUCAUAUUGGAGCCGUUAUAUAAAAUUAUUACGACAACAAUAAGUAAAGAAAAUGAAGAGUUGAGAUAUUUAUUAAAAAAGAAUUUUAAUAUUUGUUUUCCCAAUAAGAUUUAUAAAUUGGAUUCGCAAAUAUUAUUAAAAGAGAUUUGUAAGAAGGUAUUUGGAAAUCAAUCCAGUGGAUUUGUUGAUAUGAUUGAACACAGCGGGAUGUCACCAAUAGAGAAUUCAGAGAAUAAGAUUAAGAAUACGCUUGAUUAUUCAUUUGAGGAUAAUAAAGAUGUUUAUGAGGAUAAUUUUUACAUUGAAAAUUUAAUAAAAUGCGAUAAUGAAGGACCAUUAAUUGCUCAUGUAUCAAAAUUAAUGGAUAAUGAAGAUGGGAAAAAGUUCUAUGGUUUGUGUAGAAUUUUUUCAGGAAAAAUUCAAGUUGGAGACGAAAUUGAUGUAUUGGGAGAAAAUUAUUCAAAAGAGUUCCAGGAAGAUGUUUCCAAAUGUAUAGUUGAAGAAAUGUAUUUACCUUGUGGUAGAUACAAAAUGCCGAUUAAAGAGAUGGGAAGUGGAAAUAUUAUUUUAAUUGGAGGAAUAGAUAAGGUAGUUAGCAAGAGUUGUACCAUCUAUGGGAAAAAGGCAAAUGAAGAGGAAAUUGAAGAAGAAGAAAUAUAUGAGUAUGUUAAAUUUAAAACAAUUAAUUAUUUGGUAGAGCCGAUUAUUAAAGUCGCAAUUGAACCUGAGAUUGCAAGUGAAUUACCAAAAUUGUUAGAAGGAUUUCGAAAGAUAAAUAAAAGCUAUUGUGGUUGUGAAAUAAAAGUUGAGGAAAGUGGUGAACAUGUUGUGAUUGGUAGUGGAGAAAUGUAUUUGGAUUGUUUAUUACAUGAUUUGAGAAAAUUAUAUGGUGAUAUUAAUGUUAAAAUCAGCGAGCCCUUUAGUAAGCUUAGUGAAACAUGUUUGGAUAUUACAAUGAAGAAAAUUUUUGUUGAGUCGAGAAAUAAGAUGAAUAAGAUCUCGAUAAUUUGUGAACCAUUAGAUGAAAAAAUUGUUGAGGAUUUGAACAGAGAAGAAAUUAGGUUUGAGGAAAUAAAUGAAAUGAUCAAAGGAGAUUUGAAGAGAAAAAGACAAGUUGGGAAGAUUUUUAGGUAUAAAUACGGAUGGGAUGCGAUGGCGUCUAGAUCGAUAUGGAAAACAGGACCAGAUAUGAAGGGAAGUGACUUACUAAUCAAUGAUUUAGUUAUUGAAGAUGAGGAAGAAGUUAGAAAAAUUGAGUAUGUGAAAGAGAGUAUUUGUUCGGGAUUUAAAUGGAGCAUAAAUCAAGGUCCGUUGAUGGAUGAACCGAUUAGAAAUGUUAAAUUCCGAAUAAUAGACUUGAAGAUUUCAAAUAAAGCAAUUGAAAGAGGAGAAGGAGAAAUAAUUCCCAUGGUUCGAAAGGCGUGUUAUAUUGGUUUGCUAUUAUCGAAGAUUCGGGUGAUGGAGCCUUAUUAUUUGAUUAAUGUAAUUUGCAAAGAGGAUUAUUUGAAAUUUAUCAAAGAAAUCAUAGAAAAAAGAAGAGGAAAUUUCAUUGACAAUGGCAAGCUAAUUAGCUGCACACCACUAGUUGAAAUCAAUGGUGUAGUGCCAGUAAUGGAUUCAGCUGGAAUCGAAGUGGAUAUCAAGAUGGUUUGCUUGGGACAAGUGAGCCUACUGAUGAAAUUUUUCAAGUGGGACAUGGUGGAGGGAGAUCCCAUGGAUGGAAGUGUUUUUCUACCCAAAUUGAAGCCAGUACCUCUUGAGAGCUUGUCAAGAGACUUUGUGAUGAAAAUACGAAAGCGAAAGGGCAUCAGUGGCGAGCCCAGCUUGACCAAGUAUCUCGAGAACAGAUAGAGCGCAUCCAGCAAAUUCAGCUAAUUCGGCUAAUACCACACAAA